AUGGACCCGAGACUAUCGUCGGCAAGUUUUUAUGAUUACAACCAACGCCACUGUUCAUCACAAUUAUCACACGUUAUGCCUGUGCCUUUCUCCUCACACGGCCCGCUACCUAUACCAUCUCGAUCCGUCAUGAAUACCGCGCCUCCCCCACUACCACCGCCUCCGAGAAUACGGGAUCUAGAAAACGGUUAUGAUGCCGGCUGGUUGCAUGCAAACUCGGAAAAGUCCUCAACACCUCUACCUUCCAUCAAUCCAAAUUCAAGCUUAUUUGGAGGCCAUCCACCAAGAGGUGAUCCAAUGGUUUUAGAUGAACAGGAAGGAAGGCAUAAUGGGUUUUUCAUAUCGCACAGCCCAGAAGCUCAAAUCAAGAUUGAGCCACCUCCGCCUACACUUGGUGGCUUUCCAAAUUCAAUGUCCAACAAUUCUUCGUCUGGUCCAGUCCUGAAGGGUGAACAAAACUUUUCACUUCGAAGUGUAAAAGACUCAUCAAAUGCCUAUGACCAACAUCUUCUUUCCAAAAUCGGAAACUCCUUGUCUCCCCGAGGUUCUAUCAGCCAUGGGUCAGAUCAUAGCGGUUCGAUCUCGUCACUUACUGUUCCUUCUCGAACAACAGCCAAUUUAUCAUCUCCAACCCCUUCAGAAAGCUCUAUCCUUGAUGCAAAACGGCACGGCAGCACUCAAUCGGGAGGCGUAUCUCCCAGAUCUAAACGGAAAGAUUUUAUUGAAGGUCGAAGCCCGAGUGUGGACAGCAGUGCGCCUUCGUCCGCAAUCGAUUACGACGUAAAGGAUUUCGCACGACGCCGAUUUGGUGGCACGGCCGUUUCUGGAGAAGAUAGCAUCGGUCAACCAAGCCGAUCAAAUCGAGGAAGCUAUGACCAUGGCGUGUUCCCUGAUAUUGAUGGUGAUUUUACCAUAGAUGAUUCUUCGCCUGUUCGACAGUUCAUUCUUCGAGAGCCAACUCCUGAUGGCAUCAGACAAGGUAUGAAGCGCAGAGCAUCUUCUCCUCCACGGGAGCCAGUUAGUGAUGACCGGCAAACAUUGCACUCGGCCACAAGUAACGGAGAUCUUUCGCAACGGAGGACAAGUGGCUUCACGAACAAUUUGACGGUUAACAACACAUAUGUACCGAGUCCACGAACCCUGUCUGCAGCAUCGUCCUUGAGUAUCCGAACCUCUGGCUCUUACUCAUCGGGUUUGUCAAUUGGAGGCAGCAGUAUGACCAGUAUUUCAACUUAUGACCGCCCAUCUCCGGGAGGUCUAUCACCUUGUUCGGAUCUGGAUACUUUUCACGAAAAGUCCAUUUUAAACCCUAGCCCACAAAUGACCAGUCUUCAGCAAAUGCCACGAGUUAUCCCAGUCUCUACUUCUCUGGAGCCGCCAAUGACAGAUGCUACUGGCAAAAUAUCGAUGGUAACGGCUUUGAGCGUUCCCAAGUCUAUUACACCAAAGAUUAGUGGACUCUAUAUCUGUGAUUGUUGUCCAAAGAAGCCCAAGAAGUUUCACAAUCCAGAGAAUCUCCGCGCACAUGAGAUGGAGAAGCAGUAUUCAUGUCUGUAUUGCAACAACCGCUUUAAGAAUAAGAACGAGGCCGAACGACACCAGAACUCUCUUCAUCUUCGACGCCAUUCCUGGUCCUGCGCAACUCUUCCAGCAUUCCAAUCAGCAUUCCAUGGCUCCAUUUCUUCAUCUUAUCAGACUAACGCCGGCCCAUCCCAUGAUACCUGCGGUUACUGCGGCGAAGAGUUUUCUAAUUUCCCUCACCCAGACUGGGAUGCUCGAUUUGAGCACUUGACCACAGUGCAUAAAUUCGGCGAGUGCAACAAUGCGAAGAAGUUCUUUCGUGCUGACCAUUUCCGUCAACAUUUGAAACACAGCCAUGCUGGGACUAGUGGCAAAUGGACCAAUAUCUUGGAAAACGUUUGCAUGAAGGAAGAACAGCCACCGGAGCCGAUAGAUAGAAGCGGCUCGGGAGGGUCCGUUCUUGGUUCGCACAGGAGUUCUGGGUCUUUGACAUCCAAUACCAUCGAUGAGGUUGUCAGUGAAGAUUGA